AUGGCUCUUACGAAGCUAAGUGACAAAAUGUCUCUGCGGACGAAGAUGGUUGGGAAGGAACAACAGUUGAUGGAGAAAAACAAUGGAUUUCUCCAAAACAUCGAUGCAGAUGAAGAUGUAAUGGAAAAUUUGCUAUGGGAAUUUACCAAAAUGGACUACAUCUCAGACAGAACAGAUGAUGGGAACGGCAUUUUCUCUGAAAGCCCUCAAACUGAUGUGCUUCAAGAGGAUAUGUUGGAGCUGGAGGCUGAGCAUGACCAGGACCUGCAAAGUGAACAGGAUGAGCAAGAAAUAGAUCAAAUUCAACAUGAGGAUCCUCACGUGUCCACCUCUUUGCAGAUUUCAGAGGAGAACAUCCCUGCACUGAGUCAGGAGAACAUGUUCUUCCAGCUAAACCACUGGAAUACACAGAUGGGUCUACAAGUGAAAGAACUGAGUGCAGAUCACAUGGGCUGGAUGGACAAAACUAGCAAUACUAUACAAAAAAUAAACCAAACAGAAAACACAGUGAGGAGCUUAUUAAAUGAGGUGAUGUCCCUGGAGGACCAAAUUGAAAAACUGGAGUCACACCAGGACCUUGACCCUGAUCAGAGGACAAACAUCGAGGAGAAGAUCAUGGAAAUUAAAAAGCAAUUAGGAGAAAUGGAUAACAAAUUUGUCCAGGCAGACGCUUGUAAUGAAGCUCAUGAAUUAAAGGAGAAACUUGUUGCAAGAAUAGAGAACUUUUGCAAAGACAUGACUAUGCUGAAUAGAAAGCUUGGGAUGUACCAACUUCAAGAAGGGAACACAGACUCUCAGAGUCCAGAAGAAAUGGAUAUGGGAGAAAUGGAGCCCCUGCUUCUUCAUGCUCCCCCAUCCCCUGUAGUGCAGAGCUCUCCUCCUGGAAUUACAAUGUGGAAACGUGCACUGAGAAUUUUCAUCAUAUUUUAUGUCCUCACUUUUACUGGACUUUCCUGCUACAUGUUAUUUUUUGAUGCUACAUUUAUCUUUGAAAGAGUGCUCCCUAGAAUACUUGGGCGUCGCAGAAUGUGGGAACUACGGGAGAUUAUCACGCCUUUCUUGAAUUUGCAAGUGGAGGACUUGUUACCCUCCUAA